AUGUGGGGACAGAAGUACGCGGCAGCGAAGCCUGAGUACGCGGCGGCUCAAAUAGCGGUGUGGUGGGAUAUGAACGACUGUCCGAUCCCCGAGGGUUACGAUCCUCAUUGGGUCCGUCCGAGCAUAGAAGCGGCGUUCAAGAAACUAGGCUACGUUGGUCCUGUCUCCAUCACUGCCUAUGCCAACCAAAGACAAACCCCUAAAUCCCCUCCAGCGAGUGCUCUCUUGCACUGGAAUCGCUGUUGCGCAUACCAAAACCGCAAGUACAUGCGCAGCCAUGUUCUCCGAUAUGCUCGGAUGGCGAGCUCGCAAUCCGCCUCCGGCAACAAUGAUGCUCAUAUCCAAUCAGGUGGAAGAUGUCUUCUCUUGGGAUCUGGCCAGGCUACAACAAGAGACCAUGUACAACCUCUUCCUGGCUUGUUCAUCUAG